AUGGUUGACCAGAGCAACCAAUUGACUUACAAGUUAUUGGAGCUGAUACAGAAGACGGGGUAUCCAAUUGUUCAACAAAAUGGACAAAGAAGGUUCGGACCGCCGCCAGACUGGAUAGGUCCACCACCUCCAAAGGGAUGCGAAGUUUUCAUCGGGAAACUACCACGCGACAUCUUCGAAGACGAGCUCGUACCCUUAUUUUCCCAUGUCGGAAAAUUAUACGAAUUGCGUCUCAUGAUGGAUUUCUCGGGCUCUAAUCGUGGUUACGCUUUCGUCACCUAUGCCACAAGGGCUGACGCUGCAGCUGCGGUCAGGCAACUCAAUGGCUACGAAAUCAGACCACGCAGGCAAAUUGGAGUGGUGAAAUCUGUUGACAAUUGCCGACUCUUCGUCGGCAAUAUACCGAAGACCAAGACUAAGGAGGAAGUAAUGGAGGAACUCUCAAAACGCGUUACUGGAAUCGUGGAUGUGAUCUUGUACAAAAAUAGUUUUGACCGCAAGCUCAAUCGAGGGUUUGCGUUUAUUGAGUUCACUUCGCACAGAGCGGCGGCGAUGGCUCGAAGAGCUUUGGUACCGGGCUGCGUUAAGCUGUGGGAUCAAGAGGUAAUGGUGGACUGGGCGGAACCAGAACCCGACAUUGACGAUGAACAAAUGAAAAAGGUGAAAGUGCUUUACGUACGUAAUUUUGAAAUUCGGACAACACCUGACACUAUACAGAAAGUAUUUGAAAAUGCGGUAAAUCACAAAGUUGAACGUGUAAAAAAAAUUUAUGACUAUGCGUUUAUACAUUUUUAUGAAAGAGAACAUGCUGAGCUUGCUAUGGCUAAGUUGCAAAAUGCUGACAUUGAUGGUAGUAACAUUGAAAUUCGCUGGGCUAAACCUGUUGACCGUGAUCUUUAUCGGAUACAAAAAUUAAGUAGAGGCAAUGCGAAGUUUAAUAACAGUUUGGACUUGACUCAAACAUUGUUGCUUUAUAAACAGCAUCUAGAAAAAAAAGAGUAUGCAAACAGUCCGAAGGACGAAGGCAUCGGAUCGGCUUGUGCUGGAGAGAGUCCUUGCUACUCCCCUUCUGACCUUAAGUCUCCUGCUUAUUCUUAUGCUAUGCCACAAGUUAACUACACAUUGGCUCCAGCUAAGCUUGAAGCUAUGUGUAAGAGAUACAUGUGGCCAACACCGAUUUACCAGUACAUGAAGUACGAUGACCCUACUGGUGCAGAAUUAUGGGUAUGUAGCGUGGAGCUACCACAAGUCGGACUUCCACUGUUGAGUGUACCUCGAAGGAUUGGCCCUUUUUCUACUAGAGCUUGCUUCUCUAACCAACAAGCUCAUGUAGAAGCUGCUGAAAUAGCUCUUCAGACACUCAAGAUGAUGAGGGUUGACCUUAUUGAACAAUCAGCUCCUCCACAGCCAGUGUACCCCAGCAUGCAACCCAUGCAAACCUGUGUGAGACUGCCUUAUGAUUAUACACAAAUUUACCCUCAAACUCAACCUGUUAUACCAGUACCAACUCUUUGGCGUACACUUUAA